AUGACCUCAGUAUCUUUUCGACUCAAAAGACUCACAGAUCAUUUUUUCCAUUUUUUUCCCAGAGGAUUUGCCAGCUCAGGCCAUGCCACAGGAUGUCAAUGUCAGGAACAAUCGAACUUGACACUGAGCGGCUUGCAGGCGUUGAAGUGCCUGGGUUUCUUGACCCGAGAUGGACAGAAACUCGAGGAGGUGGAAAGGAUCCAGCUGCUCCGCUGGUUGGCGAAUCGGCUACCGGAAGGAGUGCUGCGCUUCGGGAAGGCUCUGACAGGCCUUCGGCAAGAUGACCAACGCCUCUUCUGCGUAGUGGAUUCCUGCUGGGAGGGUCCAUUUGACCUCUUGGUGGCAGCCGAUGGGCUUCGGUCCACUGUGCGGCAAAGCUGUGUUGCAGGACCAGCAGCUGACCUGUCGAGGAUCUUUUUGCUGGGCGAUGCAAGGCGUGGCUUUCGCAGGGAGAGGGACUUUGGCUUCAGCAGGAUCUAUGAAGGUGGCAACCAAGCUCUAUUGGAAGGAGUGCGCUUUGCCGAUGAGAUCUUGCGCUGCAGCAACCGAGAGGCACUCUCGAACGCUGGGCCCGCGGCCUAUUCGCUGUCCUCCAACAUGAGCAUCGCGGAGAGGAUGUGGCACUGCUCUAAGAGGUGCCGAAGCUCCGAUGACUCCGAUGGCCACGGCGCGAAGCGGCGGAAAAUCGCGGCCAGGAUGGUGCCAUGGGUAGAAGAAGUUCAAGAGCUGGUGAAGCAACUGAAGUCUGCUGGAAUGGCCAUUGAUGAGAACAAUCCCCAACAAAUCCUGCAGGUCCUGAUGAAGAUUCAGAUGCACGGCAUGCCCGACAAGAAGUCGGAGAUGGUGAAGGCUGAGGAUGCCUUGAAGGGUCGCAGCGAGGUGAUGGAAGUGGACGAAAGGCAUUAUGUCUUGAAGAAUCCCAUGAAAGGCCCAUGGCCCAAAGGAUUGAAGGUUUGCAUCUUCGCCAAUGGCUGCUUCUGGGGGAGCGAGAAGGGUAUUUGGCGCUUGCCCGGUGGGGGAAUCUUCUCAACCGCUGUGGGGUAUGCGGGUGGCUACACUCCUAACCCUACCUAUGAGGAAGCGUGCUCUGGUCGCACCGGGCACACAGAGGCUGUUCAGGUGGUCUAUGACCCUGAGAAGAUCUCCCUGGUGGAUAUUCUGCGGUGGUUUUGGGAGGCACACGAUCCCACCCAAGGCAUGGGCCAGGGCAACGACCGGGGCACCCAGUACCGCAGCGCCUUGUACUAUUUUGACGAGGAGCAGAAGCAGCUCUACGAGUCUAGCUGUGCUGCUUACGAGAAGGCGCUGCAGGCUACGGGCAAAGGACGGGGGAAGAUCACCACGGAGAUUCGCGCAGUCCAGGAUUUUCCGGAGGUCUUUUACUAUGGAGAAGACUAUCACCAGCAGUACUUGGCCAAGCCAGGUGCUCGGCCCUACUGCUCAGCGCAGCCACAGCAGGUUUCUCUGCCUCCCUUUGAGAGCUGGUGCCCAAGGGGUUUGGAGUCCCAUGCUCCCAAGCUGCCAGAGGUGUUGCCAUCUUCUUCCACAGGAGCGCCAGAUGUCCAGACGAAUCGCACGCACAACAAGACCAGUGAGGAGGGAAAAGAACAGGAGAAGAGAUGCGAAGUGUUAACUGACAAACAUGGCCACUGGGAAGGUUCCCUGAGGCCUGGAGGGGUCUACGUUCUGACCUGUGACAGGGGCUAUGCAGUGGAUGGCAAGCCGACGGUGAACAUGACUUGCUCGAACGACGCUGAGUGGCCGGCAAAACCUUGGUGUGAAGACAUCGAUGAUUGCGCCCUGCUCCUCUAUGGGUGUGGCCCAGCAGGACUUUGCAAGGACCUGCCGCAACGUGCUGAAUGCAUUUGUGAGCGCUCAGCCCUGCGGGACAUUGCCACCAAUGGCGAGGUGGUGUGCCACUUUGACAAGGCCUCAGAUUGCGGUGGCCGCAACUGCGGCUCCCAUGGCGUUUGUGUGCACUUGAAGGAGUACCAGAACACCUUCGACACCGGCAACAGCUCCUUUCGAUGCAGUUGCGAGCGUGGAUACAUGGAUGAUGGCGAGAGCUGUGUUGCUUCCGAUUGCGGACCUUUGGAGGACCCCUUUGGCAAAUGGAGCGGCAGCCAUGCUUACCUUGGGGAAUACACCCUGGAAUGUGCUGAAGGAGCCUUUGUGUGGGGUGGCACGGAGCAAGCCAUGACCAUCAGCUGUCCAUCCUAUGGCAGGUGGCACACCGUGCCACGAUGUCUAAGCCCGUUAGAGGAGAGGAGAAAGGCGGAAAAGGAGAGGAUCAAAAUCUUCUUCCACGUGGCCGGUGCGGCGGCGUGCAUCUUUACGGCGGCUCUGGCCGCAGGGCUCACUAUGGGCUUGGUGUCCUUGGAGCCUGUGGAGCUGGAGAUCAUUGAGGCCGCUCGUUUGGACUACUGCACUUCAGCCAAGGAAAAGGAGCGUCUGCAACGCCAGAAAGACGCCGCCAAGAAGAUCCUACCUUUGCUGAAGGAUCAUCACUUGCUCUUGGUGACGCUGCUGUUGCUGAACGCCAUGGCCAACGAGGCGCUUCCCAUCUUCCUGGACGAUUUGUUGUCCCCGCUCUUGGCCGUGCUGCUGUCCGUGACCUUCGUGUUGGUCUGUGGGGAGAUCUUACCCUCAGCAGUCUUUACAGGUCCUUGGCAGCUGACCGUCUCAUCGUGGUUUGUGCCGGUGGUGCGCUUCUUGCUGUUCUCUUUGUACUGCAUUGCCAAACCCAUCGCAAGGAUCCUCGACAAGGCCUUGAAGAAGGACCGCAGCGAGCGCUUCAGCCGGCCCGAGGUGCGUGCGGUGCUGCGCCUACACAGCUCCAGUGGAUACCUGGAAGCCUCUGCCGGCCCGUCGACGGAUGGAGGCUUCAGCCCUCUUACAACUGCUGUGGAUCCUCUGUUCCCAGAAGAGGAUCCACCGCAUCAUUAUCCACCGGUGUUGGAUGACGAGGAGGUGGACCUGUGUAUGGCGAUGUUGAACCUGGGAGACACCCUGGUGGCGGAUAGCCCCGGCUUCUACACCUUGAAGCAGUGCGCCAGGAAGGUGAUGACGGUGGAGUACUACCAAUUGGCCAUUUGCGUGGCAGCAGAGGCUGUCUCGGCGAACAAGGACCUGGUGGCUGUCUUCCCGAGUUUGGAGGAUGUGCAGUGGCCCAUCGAGGUGGCCUGUGAGGAAAUCACAGGUGUUAUCAAGGUCUCAGACCUCCUGACGGCCGGGGCCACCCAGGUCGGUGCUUUGUGCCGAACUCGGACGGUGCAGCGCCUGGAGGUGCAUGAAACCAUCAGCGAAGCCGUUGCGAAAAUCGGCAAUAUGGGCUUUGGCUUGGUUCAACGAGGUGAAGAUUUCUUCGGCAUAUUCGAUUCGGAAGCUGCCCUCAACGGUGCCGUGAUGGGCGAGGACCUGAGCCCCAAAAGCAAAAGCAGCAUGCGCGUGGCGGGGCUGGUGGUUUCAGCGCGCUCAGCCGACUCUCCAUCCAGCAACAGCAGCCCUGGGCGGGAGCAGCUGGUGCCCGAGGCUGCACAGCAGAUGGGCAAAACGCUGCAUGAAAUCGCCAAGCUGCUGACGGACUCACCACGCCUGGGCUUCAGUAGGUCAUCACCAUUGCCCACCCGGGAGCAGGAAGAAGAUGAGAUCACCAGGUUUCGGACAGACCCUCCAACCGACCGUUUUGGUUUUGAGGUGCCACACGAAGUUGGAGAAGCCGAGGGCAGUCAGGUUCGCGUGGAAACAGCGCCGGACCUGCAGGCGCCGCGCCUGCAGUCUGACUUGGAGGAGAUCUCCUUAGGUUCCGGAGUCGUGGAGGAGGAUCCCAGCCGUGCCCCAGGCGCUUGA